UUCCCAGCAAUGGCCUUAUUCUUGGAGUUGCUGUUCCUGGCUGUUGUGUUGCUUCCAUUCUUUCCUGCAAAUGGACAGGAUCCAUCCUUUACUGCUUUGUUAACCACUCAAACGCAAGUCCAAAAGGAGAUUGUAAAUAAACACAAUGAACUAAGGAAAUCAGUCUCUCCACCUGCCAGCAACAUGCUAAAGAUGGAAUGGAACAAAGAAGCAGCAGCAAAUGCCCAAAAGUGGGCAAACAAGUGCACCUUAGAACAUAGCCCAGCAAAGGACCGAGAAACCAAUACAAAAUGUGGUGAGAAUCUCUUUAUGUCAAGUCACCCUGCUUCCUGGUCAGAUGCAAUCCAAAACUGGUAUGAGGAGCGCCAUGAUUUUGUCUAUGGUGUAGGACCUAAGAGUUCUGAUGCAGUUAUUGGACAUUACACCCAGGUUGUUUGGUACUCUUCUUAUCAUGUUGGAUGUGGAAUUGCCUAUUGUCCCAAUCAAGAGAGUCUAAAAUACUACUAUGUUUGCCAAUAUUGUCCUGCUGGUAAUCUUGUUAACAAGAUGCAUACCCCUUACCUAAAAGGAAAAUCUUGUGCCAGCUGCAAAUAUCACUGUGACAAAGGACUCUGCACCAAUAGUUGUGAGUAUGAAGAUAAUUAUUCUAACUGUAAGGAUUUGAAGACUACUCACUGUAACCAUUAUUUUGUCAGUGAUAAUUGCAAGGCUGCCUGCAAAUGUGAAGACAAAAUUUAUUAA